AUGAACCAAAACGCAGUGCCAGCUGACAGGUUCUCGAGGGUUGCCAACAUCGCAGGCCUCAUGAUUAAUGUGGCAUCGACGACGGCGAAGCAGGCCGUGCAGCGCUACAUGCAGGUGGGAGCCGAACGGCGAUGGACGCUGACGACGGUGCAGGGAGAGAGGGGCAACGUCAUACAGCAGGCAAUGGCGAGCGACGAGAACGUGAAACUGCUCGUCGACUGCCUUUGCAAAAUGCGGGGGACAGCGCUUAAGUUCGGCCAGCUCCUCAGCCUGCAGUAUGGCAUACUGCCGGAGAGCAUCAGGAGAGCCCUCGUCGACGUCAGACACAGGGCCGACGUCAUGCCUGAAGAGCAGGUCAUACAGAUUCUCCGAAACGAGCUUGGAGACGGCUGGCGGGACAAGUUUGAGGUCUUCGACUUGCAGCCGAUGGCCAGCGCUUCGCUGGGGCAGGUGCACAGCGCAGUCACAAAGGACGGGAGACGAGUUUGCGUUAAAGUGCAAUUUCCAGGCGUCGCCGACUCAAUCGACAGCGAUGUUGCAAACCUGAUCUUCAUAUGCACCAAGACGAACCUCAUACCCAAAAACUUCUUCAUCAAACAGUUCGCAAGGGAGCUCAAGGUCGAACUCACGACGGAGUGCGACUACGGAAAUGAAGCCAGCUUCUACAAAAUAUUCAAACAGCUGCAACUGGAGGGAUUCUCUGUGCCCGAUGUGAUUGACGAGGUGUCAACCAGAAGGGUAAUCACCACGGAAUUUGUUCCAGGGGUGCCGGUGGAAGACUGCAAGCACCUUCCGCAACACGUUAGGGAUUCCAUAGGAGACCGACUGUUGCGAAUUUCGCUCUCAGAGUUGUUCAUAUUUGGUCUUAUGAACACGGACCCCAACCCCAGCAACUACCUCUACGACGAAAAGACGGAUCUCAUCGGGCUGAUAGACUUCGGGUCAUGCAGGUCGUUUAACCCAGAAUUUGUAAGAGAGUACUCCAAGCUGGUACUCGCCUCAGUGGAUGAGGACACAGAAAAGAUUGUAUCGCUCUCAAGGUCGCUGGGGUUCCUCGGCGACGAGGACACGGAUGAGAUGGUGAGGCACCACGUGGAGUCCGUGCUCAUAACCGGGGAGCCAUUCCGCCAUGACGGACGGUUCGACUUCAGAAAACACGACAUCAUACAACAGUGCCGAGAAAAGGCGUCAAUCAUUCUCAAAAUUCGAAAGCAACCGCCGCCUCCGGAGGUAUACUCACUACACAGAAAGCUGGCCGGGUGUUACGUAAUCUGCCAGCUUCUCGGCGCCCACGUGGACGCUAAAAGCAUUUUCGAGACAAUAUCACAGGCCCUUUAA